UGAUUGGGGUGCAUUGUGAGGGGCCUGGGGUCGCUGAUUGGUUCAAGAAAAGCACCAUAACUACAAGGAGUUUAUAUUCAUUCAACUUGUUGAAGUGCUCCUACUGCAGCCUGGAGAGAAGUCCGUGUGGCUUCGAGAGAGUCUGGAUUCAUCCAGCAGUAAUAUUGGCGGUGGACUUCAAGCACCAACAUGGACUGAUAUUAUAAAUGUUUUUUGCAAGAAAUGGCGAACGCAGACAGUGAGGUCAAGACGUUGCUGAAUUUUGUGAAUUUGGCAUCCAGCGACAUCAAAGCGGCCUUGGACAAGUCAGCUCCGUGCAGACGCUCCGUGGAUCACAGGAAAUAUCUGCAGAAACAACUGAAACGUUUCUCUCAGAAGUACUCCAGAGUCCCAAGAUGCCACACGCACAGGUCAGCGGAGUAUGGCUGCGCCAAACCGGUGGGGACUGUUCACCAGAGUGUGAAGGCCACAGAGAAGGCCAGUUCGGAUUCUCGUUGUGUGGAGAAUGUGGGGAGCGCCGUGGAGCAGGUGCCUAUGAGGAAACGCCAACUACCAGCCUCAUUUUGGGAGGAACCUAAGUUGACCCAAACUAAGAGGGAGCACUCGCAUUUAGGACGGAAAAAGAACCCUGCAGGCACACCUGAGGGCAGUGAAAACGAAAAGAGGAAAAGGAGUUAUGAUGAUGAUGAUGCAAAGGCCACUCUGUCUGCGUCUAGUCGACGCAGCUCUGCGGAUAAAGAGACACUGAAAUUGGACCUGACCUCUCACCACUGUGUGAGCGUGUGCGGCUGCUGCCCCUUCCAGUACCACGGCCACCAGGUCCUCCACAGUCACAUCGUUGUCCCCCAUCCGCCCCUGGGACUGUGGAGCAAAACAGCGGAGACAGAGAGACCUGAGCAUUAUUAUGGACAGAAAAUCCACACGCACGUUGUGGUCAAACCUAUACCGACCAAACCCACCGUCCAGUCGCCGAUCUUCAGUGUGUUUGGAUUAAUUUAAUUAUCCUACUAAUGGAGUCAGUCACACACAAGAUGUGUAAAUAGGACUAAUUGUUUUCAUUUUGUGUUCUACACAGCCAACUCUUUAUCUGUCAACAUUUGUACACGAGACACUUCCUCAAGCACUUAUUUCUAUUUGUAAUGU